UUAGUGUAAUUUAAUACUCGAAGAGCGCUAGGCUUCAAUUCCUUUCUUUCCUUCUCCUCUCGAAUUUCUUCAACUGUUCAUUUUCGCGGUUUUAUGAAGGAAUAUCAGAGAUUCGGUUAAUUCAUGAUGUCGCUGCAGCAAUCGUUGCUUGCCGUUUUAGGAUUCCUGGUGUUCUCCCCGAGAAGUUCUGGUGGAGAAUCUUCCACUUGUUUGACGGUGUACAAAGACGGCGGUGCACCCGCGGUGUUCCAAUCUCCUAAAUGUCCUCGCUGGAAGAUUCCCGAUCACGGUUCUGGUAAACGCGCCGCCACUCCCGCGAUGGGACAUUGCCAAUCGGCUAUGCUUCAGGGUCGAAGGGAGCACAUGGAAGAUCGCACUCUCUGCAUGCUCGAUCUCCACAUUCCCUUCCCGAGCAAAAUUGGGGUUAAGGAAGUUAUAGUCGGAGUUGUUGCAGUUUUUGAUGGACAUAAUGGUGCUGAAGCUAGUGAGAUGGCUUCAAAACUUUUACUGGAGUAUUUUGCUCUACAUACAUAUUUCCUUUUGGAUGCCACUUUUUCCUUUGUAUUGAAGAAACAGUCAGGUUGGUUGCCAAAUGUAGCAGAACGAGAUAUUGGUUUCCAAGUGCUUAAUUGGGAUGAAGUGAUUGGAAGGCAUGGCUUGAACUUUGAAAGAUUUAAGUUUUCUGUCCCAGAAAAUCUUGACGAUUCUUUUCACUUGGAUAUAUUGAAGGAAGCUUUGUUAAGGGCAAUUCAUGACAUAGAUGCAACAUUUUCUAAGGAAGCAUCAAGAAAUAACCUUGCCUCGGGUUCAACAGCCACAAUUAUACUGAUAGCAGAGAGACAAAUUUUAGUUGCUAAUAUUGGAGAUUCCAAAGCCAUCCUGUGCUCCGAAAAAUUUCAUUCUCCUUCUGAGGCUAAAGAAACUUUGUUACAAUUGUACAGGGAGCAGAGGCGCAAAGGUGUUGUUUCACCUUAUAGAAAUUCCAACUUUAAACUGGCUGUGUCCAAUGGAUUGGUACAUUAUAUUGUCAAAGAACUAACUAGGGAUCACCACCCUGAUCGAGAUGAUGAAAGGUAUCGAGUUGAAGCAGCUGGCGGCUAUGUUGUUGAUUGGGGUGGCGUAUCACGUGUGAAUGGUCAGCUGGCGAUUUCCCGUUCUAUUGGUGAUGUAUCAUAUAAAAGUUAUGGUGUUAUUGCUGCACCGGAGGUGACAGAUUGGCAAUCUCUGACUACUAAUGAUAGCUAUCUGGUGGUUGGCUCUGAUGGCAUAUUUGAAAAGUUGAGCUUGCAGGAUGUUUGUGAUUUACUAUGGGAAGUAAAGAAUCAUGAUACUGUUGGAUCAAAAUUGUCUUCUUCAUGCUCACUCUCACUAGCUGAUUGCUUAGUGAAUACUGCUUUUGAGAGAGGCAGCAUGGACAACAUGGCAGCUGUUGUGGUUCCAUUAAGAUCUGCUUUUUUAUCUCAAAACUUACUGACCGAAAGAUGUGGAAGAAAAGGGAACAAGGAAUUCCCAGCUAAUGGACUACAAAAGUUCAUAUAUGAACGAUCAGGUGAUGAAACUAGUUCUGACCUACUGCAGUUGGAACAUUCUCAUCUAAUCACUACCAAAUUUGACAGGCUAUUGGUUCAAGGAAAACGUAGCAGUUAUGGUUGUUUCUACUUGCAUGAGAAUCUUGAUGAUUAUGUGGAUGAUACAAUGCAAACUCAAAAGGAAGAUCAUGUGCAUGACCUACCCCAGGCUUUACCUAAUGCCUUUGGACAACCCUGUGGUGGACCUCUAAAUUUGUACAGUGACCGCAGUUUAUGCUUAAACUUUGAGAUGACCAUUGAUGGAGCAAACAAUAAAUGUGCAAAUCCUGAGGGCUUCACUAGUUUACUUGGUUUGCUUGAAUCCAUACCCUUCCAUGAUACUAGUUCAAGUUAUGGGACAGAGGAGUAUUCAAUGCCAGACUCUAGGUAUAGACUAAAGAAAAGAUUUGGUCGUGGUUCUUAUGGAGAGGUAUGGUUGUCGUCUAGUUGGAAUUGUCAUCAAGGUACUGAUGCUUCAAGCUGGAGUGAAGAAAACAAGAAUACAAACUUCGGUGAUAUUCAUUUUGACACCUGUGGCAGUAGUUCAUGUUGUAAUACAUCUAGUAAUGAUAGUCAUGUUGGUUCUUCCGAUGGCAACUUGUUUAUUCUAAAACGCAUAAUGGUGGAGAGAGGAACUUCUGUUUAUUUAAGUGGUCUACGGGAGAAGUACUUUGGUGAAGUCUUCUUAAAUGCCUCUAGAAAUCUUGGAAGCUCUCCAUCGGCUAAAGUAUCAGAACCUUUAGUGGAGGAACCACAAUCUGUUUUAGAUGACAAAUUAGAUACAAAUUUAGAAUUAGGAAUCAGUUCAAGUUCUGAAAAUAUAUAUCUGAACCAAUCUGGAUGGCACGGGGCUGCUUCAGAAGAAGGUUUGAAUCAUAUUGCAAGAUAUGUUGAGUCAUUUGAAUCGCGGUCUAAUGAAAUAUGGCUUGUAUUUCAUUAUGAGGGUUUGUCACUAUCAAAACUUAUGUAUACCAUGGAAGAAGCCAUACAUAAUGCAACUGAAGAAAAGGUUGAAGAAGUAAAACAAGUUCGGGUAUUGCGUCCUUCAAAAUGGUGGCAUUGGUUGAAGACAACAGAAGAAGGACGAGAAGAAAUGUGCAAUCUUAUAUGGCAGUUGUUGGUAGCACUAAAGUCCUGUCAUGAUCGCAAUAUUACCCACAGGGAUAUCAAACCUGAGAACAUGGUUAUAUGCUUUGAGGACCAAAAGACUGGAAGAUGCUUGAGAGAAAUUCCAAAUGGAGAUAAGAAUUUUACCACUAGAAUGCGCAUCAUUGACUUUGGAAGUUCAAUAGAUGGGUUUACAAUGAAACAUUUAUAUGGAGCAGCUGGACCUUCUAGAUCUGAGCAAACUCAUGAUUAUAGCCCACCUGAAGCUCUUCUUAAUGCUAGUUGGUAUCAGGGGCCAACAAGCACUACUCUGAAAUAUGAUAUGUGGAGCGUGGGUGUUGUAAUUUUAGAGAUGAUCUUCGGGUCACCAAAUGUAUUUCAUAUAAGUGCUUUGACACGUACUCUUCUAGAUCAUCAUCUUGAGGGUUGGAACGAAGGCUUGAAGGAGCUUGCUUAUAAGCUUAGAUCAUUCAUGGAAUUGUGCAUCCUAAUCACCGGGAGUUCCUCCAAACAUCAUCGUGCAAUGAACCAAGGUGGCAUGUCACCUGCUUCCUGGAAAUGCUCUGAAGAAUUUUUCUCCCGUCAAAUAAGGAGUAGAGACCCUCUUAAACUUGGAUUUCCAAAUGUUUGGGCUUUGCGGUUAGUGCGUGACCUGUUACGUUGGGACCCUGAUGAUCGAUUAAGUGUUGAUGAUGCUUUGAGGCAUCCGUAUUUCCAACCUCACAAACGUUAGAAGUACACAAAGGUUGUUACCUAAUACGGGAAUUUCAAGAAAGCUGAAAGUUCGAUUUUUUGAAAGUCACUGUGAUGAAUAUAUUGAAGUUGGAUUGAAGGCGGAUUCAUUUUGAAGUUUCCGUUUUCCUGCAACACAGAACGCCAGGUACUGGUAGUCUGCUACCAUUACAUCAAGGCUGAUACUAUCAUACCCCUGCUUAACCGAUGACUGCAAGGUAUGCUGAAUAUCUUGUGAAAAGGAGUGUAAAAAAUUGUGAAACGCAGGCAUUGAUAUCCCAGUUUUAGCCCUAGUAAUAGAGUAUAUAAACAUCAACUUUGUAUGAGGUGUAGACU